UCCAGAGUUCAAAAGAACAGAUGGGUUUUUUAAGUUUUGAAUUACUGGUUUUUUGAGAUUCCAUUUGGGGGUUGAAUCUGCAGAUUUGAUUCAGCUUUUCAAAAAUAUUAAAAAAAACCCCAUCUGUGUGAGUAGUCUCUCUCACUAUCCGUGUAUGCUAUGUUUUUUUCAGUGGGGUUUGGACCCAGUUGUGGCUUUACACCAAUACUAUGCAUGAAGUGAAGUGGCAGGGUUCUUCAUUGAAACCAUUCAAGCUCAUGGAGGUAACAGCUUCAAACCACAGGCGUUCCAUGAGUGACCCUGCUAAGAGAAAAUUUGAGGAGAAACCAAGUAGCAUUCUCAAAGCUUCUCACCGUCUUGGGUUGGAUAUGGGACAAUUCAGAAGCUCUGUUGAAGCAAAGAAGCAGUCCCCAAGAGCUGAGGUGCAGAAUUCUUUGAAGCAAGAGAUUCUACAGCUUCAGAAGGGAUUACAAGACCAAUUUCUGGUUCGACAUGCAUUAGAGAAGGCAUUGGGUUAUAGGUCUUUCUCCCAUGAUACCAUAAAUGCAAACUCAGUGCCCAAGCCUGCUGAGAAUCUGAUCAAGGAAAUUGCGGUUUUGGAGCUGGAAGUUGUCUACCUGGAACAAUAUCUUCUCUCAUUGUACCGGAAAACAUUUGAUCGACAAAUUUCAUCCGUUUCUACAGUGGAUGAUAGAAUAAAGUCAACUUCAACUGCACAUAAAAGGAUGUUUCAAGAAGUUUCUGGAGAUAAGAUCAUAUCAAAGACUGAAAAUUCAGUUAUUCACUCUAGCCAUCUUUUGUCACCCCGAGAUUCAAUUGACAAUCCACCAAAGGAAUGCAAUGACAUUUGGGGACCUCAUGAGUUGUUGGAUUCUAGCAUUCAUCGCAGCCAUUCCUCCCUAUCUCAACGUUCAACUUGUCCGAUUAGAACUUCUCCUUCCAUGCAAACUCUAGCCAAAGCUGUAGACUCGUACCAUUCUCUACCUUUGUCCAUGCUGGAGCGUGCUGACAAUGCUCCUUCAAAUGCAAUCAGCCUGGCUGAGCAUCUUGGUACCAACAUUUGUGAUCAUGAUCCAAUGACACCAAACCGGCUCUCUGAGGAGAUGAUUAAGUGCAUCUCGGCCAUAUAUUGCAGACUUGCAGACCCCCCUUUGUCCAAUAGUGAUUAUCCUUCCUCUCCUAUUUCCUCCCCAUUAUCAAUGAAUGAGUUUUCUCCGCGAGGCCAGUGUGAUAUGUGGAGCCCGCAAUGCCGUAAAAAUUCAUCUUUCAAUUCAGUGUUGGAUAACCCUUUCCACAUUGAAGAGUCGAAGGAAUUCAGUGGACCAUACUGCACAAUGGUGGAAGUGAAAUGGAUUUGUAGAGACAGUCAGAAGUUAAGAGACAUUGAGCCCAUGCUACAAAAAUUUCGGUCACUUGUUUAUCAGUUGGAACAAGUUGAUCCUAGAAAGAUGAGACAUGAGGAGAAGCUAGCUUUCUGGAUUAAUGUACACAAUGCACUAAUAAUGCAUGCAUUCUUGGUUUAUGGGAUUCCACAAAAUAAUCUAAAGAGAAUUUCUUUACUUCUCAAGGCUGCAUAUAAUGUGGGAGGUCACACCAUAAGCGUAGACAUGAUACAGAAUUCUAUUUUAGGAUGCAGAUUGGCUCGCCCUGGACAAUGGCUCUGGUCGUUGUUUUCAUCAACGAAGAAAUUCAAGGCUCGAGAUGAGAGGAAAGCAUAUGGCAUUGAGCACCCUGAGCCUCUCCUGCAUUUUGCACUCUGUUCAGGAAGCCAUUCUGAUCCUUCGGCCCGCAUAUACACACCAAAGAACGUGUUCCAGGAGUUGGAAGUUGCAAAAGAAGAGUACAUCCGAACCACCUUCAGGUUACACAAGGGACAGAAAGUUCUUCUACCAAAGCUUGUGGAGUCUUUUUCCAAGGAAUCUGGUUUGUGUCAAGCUGAUCUGGUGGAGAUCAUUGAGCAUUGUAUGCCUAACAGCUUGGGAAAGGGCAUCCACUGGGGUCAGCAUGGAAAAUUUUGGAAGAGCAUUGAAUGGACCCCUCACAACUUCGCGUUCCGUUAUCUGCUUUCAAGAGAGCUACCAAAGUGAUUUCAUGCCCUGAUAUAUGCCUGAGAUCCUCAAGGGGAUAAUGAAAAUAAUAGUGUUGGUGAGUUCAAAUGAGUUGGUUUCAUAUAGAAGAAUCAUCACUGAAUUUUUUGAAGGAAGCACACCAACAACUCAGAUACCAGAGUUGAGAUCAUGUUUCUUAGAAGAAUGGUGAUCAAACAGGCUCAAGCUCAUUGAGCUUGAGCAUACAAACUGCUUUGAAUCCGACUCGAAUGUAGUUGUGACAUGCUUGAGCAUACACUUGAUCUGGUCUGAUCACCAGUCUUCUUAGAAGGCCAUGGUUGUGAUCUGGCCGUCAUUCCCCUCUGCAGCACCUGAAAUUGUACAACUUUUCAUGCACAAAAACAAAAUCAGAGUAUAGGAGAUGGAUGAUGACUAGAGUGGCUAUAUAUAUUCAGCUUGUUGAAAACAUCAUAUUUUUUCAUACUGCUUCUGUAAUAGAAAGUAUCUUCAGCAAUCUAAAUCAGUGUUUUCUUUGAUUUGAA